AAACAAACGGCUACGCUUCAGCUGUUAAUACUUUACUAAUUAAUCACUUGCGCCUUUAAAUUGAACAACUACGCCUAAACUCCUACUCUCUAUCUCCACACACUCUCUCUCUCUCUCUUUUUAAAAGAUCUCCGGCGACGAUAUAACGGCGGUGGAAAAAAUGCGGAGGUUGGCGGUGGUUAAUUCGCUACUGAAACGGAACAACUCUCUUCUCCAACGUCAUGGCUUAUCCCAGAUAGUAGCUCAAAGAACAAACUCCGUUCACGAGACAGAAACAAAAAUUCCGGAGAUUCCUCCGUUCAAUUAUUCUCCGCCGCCUUACGACGGUCCUUCCACCGCAGAGAUCACCGCGAAGCGGCGAGAGUUCCUCAGUCCCGCUCUGUUCCACUUCUACAAUACUCCUUUAAACGUGGUGGAGGGAAAGAUGCAGUACGUGUUCGACGAGACAGGACGUCGAUAUUUAGAUGCCUUCGGAGGAAUAGCGACGGUUUCGUGCGGGCAUAGCCACCCAGAAGUAGUUGAAUCCGUCAUCAAACAGUUAAAGCUUAUUCAACAUUCCACUAUCCUUUACCUUAAUCACACCAUCUCUGAUUUCGCUGAAGCUCUUGUCUCCAAUCUUCCCGGAGAUCUCAAGGUGGUGUUUUUCACGAAUUCUGGAACGGAGGCGAAUGAGCUGGCGAUGAUGAUGGCUAGGCUGUACACGGGAUGUAACGACAUCGUUUCACUUAGGAACUCUUACCAUGGGAACGCAGCUGCCACUAUGGGAGCCACUGCUCAGUCCAACUGGAAAUUUAAUGUCGUUCAGGGAGUUGGAGGAAUCGUAGAGCUUGCUCCAGGGUACUUACCGGCGGUGUACGACACCGUGAGGAGAGCCGGAGGAGUUUGCAUCGCCGAUGAAGUCCAAUCCGGUUUCGCUCGUACAGGCACCCAUUUCUGGGGAUUCCAAUCCCAUGGUGUUAUCCCCGACAUCGUCACCGUGGCCAAGGUUUCACCAUCAUCAUCAUGCAUCGAUUCAUUAUUAUCAUCGAUUAUAGUAUUGAACUGGCUACAUUUACAGGGGAUCGGGAACGGAAUUCCACUUGGAGCGGUGGUGACGAGACCGGAGAUCGCCGGCGUUCUAAGCCGGCGGAGUUAUUUUAAUACUUUCGGCGGAAACCCCAUGUGCACUGCCGCGGGACACGCAGUACUUAGAGUCAUUAAAGAAGAGAAGCUCCAAGAGAAUGCUUUCCUCGUUGGCUCACAUCUCAAACGUAGACUUACACAACUCAAAAACAAACACGAACUCAUCGGAGACGUGAGAGGAAGAGGGUUGAUGCUAGGAGUUGAGUUUGUCAGAGACCGUGACUUAAAAACUCCUGCUAAAACGGAGACUCUUCAUCUAAUGGAUCAAAUGAAAGAAAUGGGAGUGUUGGUGGGGAAAGGUGGGUUCUACGGGAACGUCUUCAGAAUCACUCCUCCUCUCUGCUUCACCCUGCCCGACGCUGAUUUCCUUGUGGAUGUGAUGGAUCACGCCCUCUCCAAGAUGUGAUUUACUACUCUCUUUUCCGAUAUCUUGCAUGAUCAUUACUCACCCUUGUGUAGUUGUGUGUGUAUAUAUAAAUAACAAUAACAACUGAAAUUACAAUCUUUCGGUUGGUUUUUAGUAGCCAAAUGUAUCAUUAAUAAUAAAGUCGCUGCUUUCAUUUAUCCAUUACUGUUUGCACAUAUAUAUAUAUACAUACAUAUAAUAAUCUAUAUUUCGGAGUUAUGUAUAAAAUUUCAACGAAAAACCUGUGGGGCGAAGGCGAAACUGUUGGUCAUCGAAGGCGAGGUUAUGGAAGUUUCGGCGGAGAAGGAAGGCGACGUCCGGAGAGCUGUCUUGAUCGCUGAGACUAGACUCAUCAGCACGAAGACGAGUUCUUCAAGUAUGCUCAGUGUCUUCCUUAUCAUCGAAAUUCUAUGUUUUCUCAAUUCGAAAUUCCGAAGUUUAAGAGACAGAGAGAGAGAGAGGUAGGUGUAAUAUGUUCUGCUGACUUUUGAUCUGGCCUUUGAUGUUACUCAGACAAAUGAACUGUUCGCUUUAUGUUCAUUAUUGAUUAUUAUAUUAUUUAAUGGGACAGUUGCAGAUGAAAUCUAAAAGUCUGAUUAAAAUGAAAUUUUAAUCUCACCUUUUUUUUCCACCGGAUUUAAAACUCAUGUUUUCUUUAAGAUCUACACAAUAAGCCUUAGAUGAAAUUCUAUCUAA